AUUUAAAUAAUAUAGCAAGUAAUGGGUCAGGACUGAAGCACCUGAAACUGUAAUAAGGAAGAGAAAGAGAUUGAAAUAGUCACUAAUGAUUCGAAGACUAAUAGGCACUCUAUUAAGCCCAGUACUCUAGCACUCGGAAAAGCCAAUGAAAACGACCCCCAAAAAUCCGAUCCAACCCCUGUAGAAGAAACCGUCGAUAAGCCCGAAGUCAACGAUGAAGACUCCAGUGACGGAGAACUUGAGUACAAGAGCGACCACAGGUUCCCGAAUGGAGCUAUUUAUAAAGGCGGCUGGAAGAAUGGGCAGAGGCAUGGAGAGGGAACCCAGAUUUGGCCUGACGGUGCGAGGUAUGAAGGACAGUGGAAGAAGAACAAAGCGCAUGGGAAGGGGAAGUUCUGGCAUGUUGAUGGGGAUAUCUUUGAAGGAGAGUGGAAAGAUGAUAAAGCUAAUGGGAAAGGGACUUAUACGCAUAUGAAUGGAGCGAAGUAUGAGGGAGAGUGGAGAGAUGACCUACAGCAUGGAUGGGGUAUUGAGACCUGGGCUGAUGGGUCUAAGUAUGAGGGAAAUUAUAAGCAAGGGAAAUAAACAUGGUCAUGGAAGCUAUAUUUGGAGUGAUGGAUCGAAAUAUGUGGGAGAAUGGAAUGAAAAUAAGAUCAAUGGUGAAGGAACGUAUACCUGGCUCGAUGGAAGAAAAUAUGAGGGAUAUUGGAAAGAUAAUAAUAUGCAUGGGUAUGGAGUAUAUACAUGGAGAGAUGGAAGAAAAUACGAAGGAGAAUAUGUAAUGGACAAAAAGCAUGGCUAUGGAGUUUAUAUAUGGGCUGAUGGCAGAAGGUAUGAAGGAAAAUGGGCUAAUGGAAAGCAACAUGGGGAAGGAAAGUACAUCCUCCCAGAUGGAACAAUUAAAGUUGGCAUAUGGCAAGAAGGAAAGAGAAUUAGGUGGAUCAGUCAAAUUAAUCCUGAUGGAAGACAGGAAGAUACGUCAAGAGGACAACCAGAGCAUAAUGAAAAAGUGUUGAAGAACCUUUAA